AUGUCAUCUUUUAUAACAAAUUCCUCUAAAACAUCAAACUCUGAUUCUCCAAAUUUUUAUGCUGAUGAGGUUCCGGUUGCUGACUUAGUCUACUCUUUUGACUGGUCCUCCACUCCUCUUGGACCUAUGGAAGAAUGGGAUCCUUCAUUCAAAAUGGCCGUUGAUAUUUGUCUCCAUUCGGUUUUUCCUAUAGCAAUUUAUUGUGGUCCUGAUUUGAUUUUAAUUUAUAACCAAACUUUGGGACUUCCAGCAAAAGAAAUUUGGACAGAGAUAUUCGAUAUAAUUGGACCACAAUUUAACGAAGUUAUAUCAACAUCUAAAGGUCGAUUUAAUAAUGAUAUGUUAUUAUUUUUAAAACGAGAGGGAUAUCUCGAGGAAUGUUAUUUUUCAUUUACAUUUAGUCCGAUUUUUGACAAACAUGGAACCGUCUGUGGUGUUUUAAAUGCGGUACAAGAAACAACUCAGAGAGUUUUGGCUGCAAGAAGGCUAAAAACUUUGAGCGCUGUAGGAAAUAGAACAACUGGAGCAAAAUCAAUGGAAAGCACAUGUUUUCGUGUAAUGGCAGCAUUUCAAGAAAAUGAUGCUGAUUUGAAAUUUGGUAUGUUCUACUUGAUCGAACGUAAAAAACCAAAAUCUGACUGUAUACAAAAAUCGGCAAAAUUAAUCGCAACAACUUUUGAUGAAAAUUUGUUCCCGGUUGAAAACGAAGAUGGCGAAUUUACUUUCAUCGAGGGUCAUUCCACCAGAAAUUUUCCUGAUUAUUUAUUAGACACAAAAAAAAUUGUAAAAUUUGAUCUUUUAGAGAGUGGCACCCAUGUUUUGGUUACUCUUAAAAACGAUUCUAAAGCAAUCCUUUUACCUGUUUAUACUUCUUUUGAUGGUAAAAAUGCAAUAACUGCUAUCUUGAUUUGUGGAAUUAAUCCACGCCGUGCUCUUGAUCAAGAUCAUGUAAGUUUGAGUUUGACUCAUGGUAGAUCGAUAGAAGAAGAACGAAAACAAGCUGAAAUUUUAGCAGAUUUAAAUAGACAAAAAAUAAUGUUUUUUCAAAAUAUAAGUCAUGAAUUACGCACGCCAUUGACAUUGAUGCUUUCACCACUUGAUGAAGCGAUAUCUAGUUGCCCAGAAGAUUCCCCAAUUUUGUCAUAUUUACAAUUAAUAAAUCGUAAUGCUCGCAGAUUACUUAAAUUAGUUAAUAUUUUAUUACAAUUUUCUCGCAUUGAGGCUGGAAAAUUGGAUGCAAGAUUUAUUGAAACAGAAAUAGCGAAAUUAACAUUGGAUUUAGCUUCAAGUUUUGAAAGUAUGGCUAAAUCACUGAAUUUAGAUUAUAUUCUUGAUAUUCCAGACCAAAAGACUCUUGAUAAUCAAUUAACAAAAAAAGUUUUUAUUGAUCGUGAUAUGUAUGAAAAAAUUGUUUUUAAUCUUUGUUCUAAUGCUUUUAAACAUACUUGGAAUGGAAGUGUGACAGUUCGAGUGGGUAUACCGGAAAGUGAUAAACCAAAAUUAUUUCAAAGGUUUUAUCGAGUGGAAUCACGCCAAUCACGUAGUCACGAAGGAACAGGAAUUGGGUUGGCGCUGGUGAAGGAGUUGGUUAUAAGACAUGGAGGUGAUAUUUUGGUCGAGUCAAAAGUGGAUGUAGGAUCAACCUUUAAAGUUUUAAUACCUACAGGCUGGGACCACUUGCCACAAAAACAAAUUUAUUUUAAAGGUGACGAAGAAGAAGAAGAUGGCAAUGCUUUAUUUUUUAUAAAAAAUGAGAACAAUUAUGAUAAUAAUUUCAAAAAAUUGUUCACGGAAAAAGAUUUGUAUCUUGAAGAGUCUCAUCAAUGGAUACAAAAACCUCAAUCAUUUGAUAAAAAAGAAAACAUCAAAUCAUAUAAUAAAUUUGAUCCGAGUAAUUGUCUAGAUUCAAAUAAUAAUAAUCAUAUUUUUAAUAACAGUAUUGAUGUAAAUAUCGAUUUAGAAGAUAAAGAAAUGAGUAACAAGUACAAGUAUCUGUUGGCCUUUGAUGAUGAUUCAUUGAAACUUUAUGAAAAAUAUAAAGUAUUAGUAGUCGAUGAUAAUAAUGAUAUGAGAAAUUAUCUUGCAAGUUUGUUAAGUAAACUAUUUGAUGUUUACACUGCUUGUGAUGGAUUUGAUGCUUUGAGAACCAUGGAAAGUCUUCCUAGAUUGCCUGAUUUGGUUUUAAGCGAUAUUAUGAUGCCAAAUAUGAACGGGUAUGAAUUAUUACAAACUUUAAGAUCUAAUAUAACAACCCAAUCGAUUCCUAUUAUUCUAUUAUCUGCCAAAGCGGGUGAAGAUGCUAGUAUUGAAGGAUUGGAAAAAGGAGCAGAUGAUUAUUUAACAAAACCAUUUAGUGCAAGGGAGUUGGUUGCACGUGUAAAAGUUAACAUUCAACUUUCAUUUCUUCGUCAACAACUUAUCCUUCAACAACGUAGACAAAUCGAAACAAAGCAAUUAUUGUUCUCCAUUAGUAGUAAAAUCCGUGCUAAUAUUAGCAUAAAAGAAACUUUGACAACUGCAAUUGAAGAAAUCCACAGGGUUUUACCUUGUGAUAGAAUAUAUGUAGUAUCAGCCGAAAAUCAAAAAUAUGACAAUUCCAUUAUCACCGCUUAUGCUGCUACUAACCCAAAUGAAAAAAAUCUGACUGGUCACAUAGUUCGAUACGUUGUAGAAGAGGAAUUAAAUAAAUUGCUAAAAUUGAAUGAAACAGAUCCAACUCCCGAAAUUGAGGCUGCAUUGAAAUCCUUGAAGAGCAUUGAAGAAUUUAUGAAAACAAAGAAUGAUAAUAAUUCGGAUUUGGAGGCUACUGUAUUCAAGGAUUAUUAUUCUGCGAUAGUGGAUUUCAAUGUUUCAAUUAUAAAUGUGCCAAUAAGGGUAAAGAAUUAUAUCUGGGGAUGGUUAAUAGCCAAUAAAGCGUCAAAUUCUAAUUGGAGUAAUUCAGAAAGAUUAUUUCUACAACAAAUUACUAAUCAAAUAGGUUUGGCAAUAAUCCAUGCUGAAUUGUUGGAAGAAAAAUUGAAACGUGAGGCACAAAUGGAAGCUGCAAAAGCUGCCAAUGAAGCUAAAAGCCAAAUUUUAGCAAAUACUUCUCAUGAGCUACGUACACCUUUGGGAGCAAUUAUAGGAGUUUUAUCAGCAUUUGAUGAUACAAAAUUGACUGAAGAUCAAAAAGACAUGAUUCAAAUAAUGACAAGAGCAUCAGAUGUUGUAUUGUCGGUGGUUAAUGAUAUACUUGAUGCAGCUAAAUUAGAGGCUCAAAAGGUGACCUUGAUGAAUCGUACUUUUGAUCUAUUUGAUUUGAUUCAGAAAACUAUUGAAAUAUUCGGCGAAAGAGCAGGAAAUAAGAAAAUUGAAUUAAUCUUGAGUUGUGAUCCUGCUUCUUUACCAAAAUAUGUUAAAUCAGAUCCAGAAAGACUUCAACAAAUUUUAAUGAAUUUAUUAUCUAAUUCAAUCAAAUUUACUGAACGUGGUGAAAUAGUUUUAAAUGUUUCUAUUACAACUUCUGAAAAAAAUAGUGAAGAAACUAGUGAAAAUAACGACUCUACUAAUAAUAAAAAAGGCAUUUUACUCGUUGAAAUAAAAGAUACAGGGAUUGGUAUUGAAUCAUCAUUUAUGAAAGAUAUUUGGGAAAGUUUUUCUCAGGGUGAUCCAUCAUUAACGAGAAGACAAGAUGGUACAGGAUUAGGAUUAUCAAUAUGUAAACAUUUGGUAACAAUAAAUGGUGGAACAUUGAAUGUACAAAGUGAAUUGGGUAAAGGAAGUAAAUUUUGGUUUACAUGGAAUGUUGAAACAUUAUCAUUAUCAGCAAUACCUGUCACUCCAAUUAUCACUACUACUACUACUAACAAUAGCAAUCCGAUCAAUAGUAAUGAUAAUAUGGUCAGUUUUGUACUACAACCAACUGUUAGAUUAAAACGUGUACUGAUUGUGGAUCCAGUUGAAAAUUCACGUAUUUCGUUGGUGAAAUUGAUUAGUGAAAGUGUUGAAAGAAUAGAUGCAUUCGAAUGUAGUCAGAAAGGUACUAUUGCUGCGAAAGAGUGGCAAGAAAAAAAUAAAGAUCUGUUAUACGAUAUAGUAUUUUUCAAUGUUAGAGAUGAAAAUAUUGAAGAGGUCAAACAGUCUUCUAGAGAGUUGCGGAGAGUCUGUGGUGACAAUUUAUGUAUAAUACUGAUGGUGUUUUGGUCCGUUAACGGUAGGUUAUUGGGUCAGAAGAUGGUUGAAGAAAUAAGAGGUCAUGUUGCUGCUUUGUGUAAGCCUAUUAUGCAAAAAAGAUUGCUGGACUGUUUACAUAACACUGAAAUAUUCAAAUCAAAAUCCCCUUCACCUCCAUACACAAAUAAUAAUGAUGACAUUAAUAAUGGUGACUAUGAUCGUCACAAUAAUCAUUAUCAGUAUCAUAGUAUUAGAAAUUUCAGCCCAAUGAAACCUUUGAGUGAUCUGAAAGUUGAAAAAUAUUAUCAUCAUAACAGACCAACCAAAACCAUUACUUCUGGUAUAGAAGUUGAUUCAACAUCAAUAAUAACAAAUUAUGAUAAUGAUGCGAUGCUAAUUGAUAAAAAAUCUAAUCUUGACGAUUUUGAAAAAUCAGGUGAUAACCCAGAGUUUAAUUGUAGUAUGAAAUCCGAAAAAUUUAAUUCAAAAUUGAAGCGUUCAGUUGACAGCGAAUCUAUUUAUUCGUUAAAUAAUGAACGUUCAUCAAAAUCGAGAAAUAGACCUACUUCAAAAUCCAAAUGUGUUUUAUGUGUGGAAGAUAACCCUAUCAAUCUAAAGGUUAUUCAACAUCAACUAACAAAAUUAGGAUAUCAAUCUUUAUCAGCAACAAAUGGCCAAGAAGCAGUUAAUUUAAUGAAAUCAGAAUGCAUGGAUUCACCUGAUGAUAACGUAUAUGAUGGGGAAUCAGCCGGGCUUUCAUCUGAUUCCGAUUCUAAUUAUAACAAAAUAUCAUUGAUUUUAAUGGAUUGUGCAAUGCCUGUUAUGUCUGGGUUUGAUGCAUCAAAAUCUAUUAGAGCAAUGGAACCACCAAUAUCACAAAUACCAAUUAUAGCAUUAACAGCAUCAGCAGUACAAGGCACAAGAGAUAGAUGUCUUGAAGCUGGCAUGAAUGAUUAUCUUACUAAACCAUUGAAAAUUGGACAACUUAAAGAAAUGUUGACUCAAUGGCUUGGGGAAGAUUAA